GAUAUUUUUAAUAAGCUCAAGAUAUAAAGUGCGCGGCAAACGCGAGCUUUGGCUCAGUCCAAGAACAAGCUUUCGAUUAGCAUCGUCAUUGUUUAUUAGAAUAAAAAAAAAACCAUUCGAGUAGAGUGUUCGAUCUCUUUCUUUUUAAUCGAACAUGUCGCAAAAAUCGGAGGGUGAUGUAUCCACGAAAGGAUCUACGUCGCAGGCAUACAAGGUGCUUCAGAAUGAUCAAGUUGGUAGGUACAUGGUCGCGAAUAGAGAAUUGCAAGCUGGCGAAGAAAUCGUAACGGAAGCACCUUUCGUCGUUGGGCCGAAGGCAUGUACUUAUCCCUUGUGUCUUUCUUGCUACACACCUUGGCCGCCUAGCCCGGAUGAGAAACCGCUCUGUUCCAAGUGCGGAUGGCCUGUUUGCAAUCAAGAAUGCGAGAACUCUCCGCAACAUAAAGAUUACGAGUGCCAAGUAUUUGUGCAGGCGAAUGAGAAGUUUAAUGUAGACGUCGCGCUGUUGAAUGGAAACGAUGGUAUUCCGCAAUUAGAGUGCAUAACGCCCUUAAGACUAUUGUUGGAAUCGGAGAAGAAUGUCGAGAGAUGGAACGAAGAAGUGAAGGAUAUGGAGGCGCAUAAUAAGAUAAGGUGUGAAAAAACGCAGUGGAAGUCGGAUCACAUCAACAUCGUGGAUUAUAUGAGGAAACGACUCAAGCUCGAUAGAUUCUCGGAAGAACGCAUACAAACAGCAUGCGGAAUUUUGGAGAUUAACACAUUUGAAGUUCGGACGACGAAGGGAUUCAGCGCACGAGGUCUUUAUCCAACGGUCGCUAUGAUGAAUCACUCGUGUGUCUCAAACACGUCUCACAGUAUAUCGCCGAUCGAUUAUAGGAUACGACUGCGUACCACGCUUAAGAUUCCUACGGGCGGUGAACUUUACGCGAGUUACACGCACUCGUUACUCCCAACAAUGCUGCGGAGGGAACAUCUACUCGAGGGCAAACACUUUGCGUGCGCGUGCCCGCGAUGUUCUGAUCCAACGGAAUUGAGCACCCAUAUGUCCUCUCUUAAAUGUAACAAGUGUGACAACGGAAUUAUCUUAUCGUUGGAUUCUCUAGACUCGAAAAGUACGUGGAACUGUACGCAUUGUGACUUUUCCACCAACGGACAAGCAGUGCGAAAAAUUCUCGGGAUUAUUCAAGCAGAAGUGGACGCCGCUGAAGCUAUUAGUGGGGCUGACGGAGCCGAUGCGAUUCUCGAAAGAGAGACCGUUAUAAAAAAAUAUCGAUCAGUUUUACAUCCCCGUCAUGCCUUUCUUACGAUAUUAAGACACUCAUUAAGCCAAAUGUAUGGUCGGGUUGAAGAAUAUUUGCUAGACGAUUUGCCGGAUGUUGUACUAGAGCACAAAGUUGACAUGUGCCGUUUAUUGCUUCAAGUAUCGGACGUUGUGGAGCCUGGGUACUCACGUAUAAGAGGCAUGACGUUAUACGAAUUGCACGCGCCUCUACUCUUCCUAGCGAAAGGUCAAUGGAAUGCCGGUGUCAUUGAUGAGGCCGGAUUAAAGUCUAAAAUGACAGAAGCCGCAACUAUCUUAAAAGAAGCAGCCACAAUAUUAAUCUUAGAGCCACCGGAGACAGCCGAGGGACAAAUAGGAAUCGUCGCAAGAGAGUCUCUCGUCCAGCUGGAACAAUCUAUAAGUAACUUAUAAAUAAAUUUAUUUUAAAGAUCUCUCUCUCUCUCUCUCUCUCUCUCUCUCUCUUAUUUGUGUACAGAGAUUUACAUUACUAAGCGUCUCGAUGUAUUUCGAUGCUUUUGUCUUAUUAUCAAAAGAUGCUAACUGAACUGGGCGAUAUGUUGUUAUUAUUUGUUAAUUAAUAAACAGAAUUUUGUAGAGCAUUUAUGAAGAGAAAAUUGCACUAAAAAUAUUUUUGUCUAAUCGAAAAAAAUAAGAAUUUACAUAGAUGAUAUAUGAGAAAAUAUGUAUUGUAAAAAUAAAAAUUGGAUAUGACAUAAACCC